AUGAUCAGGCUGUUUCAAUUGUAUGAACAUCAGUUAAAAGUACGCCCUAAGCUGACCAAUUCCAUCAUGACAGGUGCAUUAUUUGGGAUUGGUGAUGUUUCUGCUCAGUUACUAUUUCCCAGUGGACCAGACACACUUCCACCAAGUGCCCAAACCAACGAUGUCAAGCGAGGAAAGUACGAUAUACCAAGGACCGUUAGGGCUGUUGUAUAUGGGUCGAUGAUAUUUUCUUUUAUUGGAGACAGGUGGUACCGCUUCUUGACCAAGGUGAAGUUUAGUAAUAAACCUGCCAAGCACUGGUCAAAUAUGGUUCUUAGGGUCUGUGUAGAUCAACUUGGAUUCGCACCACUUGGGCUACCAUUCUAUUUUGGUUGCAUGUCCUUAUUGGAGGGCCACGGUCUCGGUGCCGCAAGGGAGAAAAUAAAACUACAAUGGUGGGACACUUUGAAAACCAAUUGGUGCGUGUGGCCGCUGUUCCAGAUGGUAAACUUCUCUCUUGUACCACUUCAACAUAGGUUGCUGGCAGCCAAUGUCGUGGCCAUAUUUUGGAACACUUUCUUAAGCUACACCAACUCUCAGAUCCCCGUUGGUGGUCACAAGCUAACGGUACAAUACCCACCAACUGUACAAUAG